CCGCAUUUUACUGGAGGCUGCACUUCCGGCAGCAACGGCGGGAAUCGGGCUGCUGGCUGGCGUCUAGGCCUCGGUGGAAGGGAAUCCGGCGGGGAUCUGGGCCAUCAGAACCGCCAACAUGACGGUGGGCAAGAGCAGCAAGAUGCUGCAGCACAUCGACUACAGGAUGAGGUGCAUCCUGCAGGACGGCCGCAUCUUCAUCGGCACCUUUAAGGCUUUUGACAAGCACAUGAAUUUGAUCCUCUGUGACUGUGAUGAGUUCAGGAAGAUCAAGCCGAAGAACUCCAAACAGGCAGAAAGGGAAGAGAAGCGAGUCCUCGGCCUGGUGCUGCUGCGAGGGGAGAACCUGGUCUCCAUGACAGUAGAGGGUCCUCCUCCCAAAGAUACUGGCAUUGCCCGAGUACCACUUGCUGGAGCUGCUGGGGGCCCAGGGAUUGGCAGGGCUGCUGGCAGAGGAAUCCCAGCUGGUGUUCCCAUGCCUCAGGCUCCUGCAGGUCUUGCUGGCCCAGUCCGUGGGGUUGGUGGGCCAUCCCAACAGGUGAUGACCCCUCAAGGAAGAGGCACUGUUGCAGCCGCUGCAGCAGCUGCCACAGCUAGUAUUGCAGGGGCCCCCACCCAGUACCCGCCUGGCCGUGCGGGUCCUCCCCCACCCAUGGGCCGAGGUGCACCUCCUCCAGGCAUGAUGGGCCCACCUCCUGGUAUGAGGCCUCCUAUGGGUCCCCCAAUGGGAAUUCCCCCUGGACGAGGAACUCCAAUGGGCAUGCCCCCUCCAGGGAUGCGGCCCCCUCCCCCUGGGAUGCGAGGCCUCCUUUGACCUUUGCCACAGAGUUAUGGAAGUAGAUCCACAGAGGCGUGGGCCCGAUCCCCCAGGGCCACGUUACCACAGACCUGUUUGUUUGUAAUGCUGUUGUUCGCGGAGUCUCACCGGAUUGUCUGGUUUCCCUUACAGGGCCCCCUCCCCCGGGAAUGCGCCCACCAAGGCCCUAGACUCAUCUUGGCCCUCCUCAGCUCCCUGCCUGUGUCCUGUAAGGCUGUACAUAGUCCUUUUAUUUCCUUGUGGCCUAUGAAACUGGUUUAUAAUAAACUCUUAAGAGAAUAUCUUAAAUGCACCUGAUGUAUCUAUUUGUUUUUAGAAAAAAUCUCUGAUAUAUUGGGUGCUUAAGAGUCAAGAGGGUUGCCUUGGAAAAAUUGCCCUAAUCUUAGCUGCUUCCCUAUAAAAUAUUUUACUACACAUUUGAUCUGAUAUACAGCCUCAUAUAAUAGAAUUAUAAAAUUGAACUGCAAUAAAACAUUUUCAUCUAUCAAAAUCAGUUUGUUGAAAUAAACACAUACAAUUGUUGGU